UACCGUAACUACCUUCGCACGCUAUACGGUAUUCGAUGGUUUGCUGCAAAAAUGAAAUUUGUCGAUAGUAAACGACGGAGUACGGAACGAUUGAUGAAUGGCACAGAUGCCAAGACGUUUGCUAGCUAUACUAGUAUAGGAAACGGAUUCUUGACGACCAAACUGAAAAUUGAUGAGAACAAAGCGUUGCGAUCGCAAAGAUCUGCCAUUUGA